GAGAGACACAGAGACUGAAUGUGAGUGGAGAAGGGGCAGAGAGAGAGGGAGACACAGAAUCCAAAGCUGAGCUGUCAGCCCAGAGCCUGACGCGGGGCUCGAACUCACGAUCUGUGAGAUCAUGACCUGAGCUGAAGUCAGAUGGUCAACCGAUUGAGCCACCCAGGCACCCCAGCCCAGGUAAUAAAUCAUCAUUAGUCAAGAUGUCUUCAGCACCAGAGUCUCCCGGCUUUAAAAAGGAACCACCCAAAGAGAAAGACUUUAAAAACCCAGGGCUCAGAGGAGUCCGCACGACAACCUUAUUUCGGGCUGUGAAUCCAGAGCUGUUCAUUAAACCCAACAAACCUGUAAUGGCUUUUGGACUGAUAACCCUUUCCCUUUGCGUGGCUUAUAUUGGUUAUCUACAUGCAUCCCAAGAGAAUACAAAGGAUCUCUACGAAGCUAUUGAUAGUGAGGGACACAGUUAUAUGAGGAGGAAAACAUCUAAAUGGGAUUAACAGUGCUGGAUGCUGCAGACGGAGCUUUGCUAAAGGCUCUGAAAUCUUCUAAUGGAAGACUUUGUGAGUGCACAGUAUCAUGCUCCUUGUUCUAGAAUGUGUUAAUGAGGAAGGAAGGUAGCAGUUGUGAACUGGCCACUAGACUACAUCUCAUCCUGCAGCCCUUACCCCAUUCUUUGUUCACAGCAAGAGCUUCUCAAUAUUUUUCUUUCAUGAAGUCCUUGUAUGAAAGUGCCAUUAAGAAUGGAAGUUGUUUUUGUGAAUUAACUUCUAUAUAAUAAAAAUAUAGUGCCGGUGCUGUUAAA